AUCCUGUCAUUUGUCCUCCAUACUGUUGUGAGAGGCUUCAUCCACUCUGCAACUGGAGGUCUCUACGCUGCUGUGUACCCAUCAUCUCAGUUUGGCAGUCUGACGGGGAUGCAGUCUCUGGUGUCUGCUCUGUUUGCUCUGUUCCAGCAGCCACUCUUCAUGGCCAUGAUGGGCCCUCUGAAGGGAGACCCACUCUGGGUGAAUGUAGGCCUAUUGGGGGUCAGUAUGCUGGGCUUCCUGCUGCCUCUAUACCUGGUGUGUUUCAGACGCACACUGCACCGCCAGCUACAGGACAGAGACCAGGACUCGAAGAUAUACCUCAAGAUCAACGGGUCCAGCAAACCUGAAGCUUUCGUCUAGAAAAGGGAGAGAG